CAACCACUCUUUAUCACUAUACUCCAUAACCAAGAAGCUUUGCUUGGGAUAAAACUCUCUCAGUAUUCAAAACCAUGUUAUUUUUCUGAGCUUUGCUUGGGAUAAGACUCUCAAUAUUCAAAACCAUAUUAUUUUUCUCCUCUCACUUUCUUUCUCAGUAUUCAAAGCCAUAUAAUUUUCCUCUUCUCACUUUCUUAUACUCUAGUUCCCAAAUUAUGUCGGGUGUUUGGGUAUUCAAGAACGGCGUCGUUCGGCUGGUUGAGAACCCCGGUGCCGACUCAUUGGAUGGAAGGCGAAAGGUGCUAAUUCAUAUUCCGAGUAACGAGGUGAUCACUUCGUAUGCAGUUCUUGAAAGAAAGCUUUAUUCGCUCGGUUGGGAGAGGUAUUACGACGACCCUGACCUUCUUCAGUUCCAUAAACGAUCCACCGUUCACCUUAUCUCUCUUCCUAAAGACUUCAAUAAGUUCAAGUCCAUGCACAUGUUUGACAUAGUCGUCAAGAACCGCAAUGUGUUUGAAGUAAGGGAUAUGUAGUACUAGUACUAGUCCUUGUACUAGUUUUUUGGUGUUCGGGUUUUCUUGAUUUUCAAGAAAAAAAAAAAAAAAUUUCUUGGUUUGGGUUUGGAUUUGGGUUUUAACUUUGUUUAGUUUUUUAUUUUGUGAUAUUACUGGUUUUUUUUUUUUUUAAAUUCCUGAUAUGCGUUUUGUGCUAAUUGAGUGGAGAAACGGGAGAUGAAGUAGAUGAAGUUUGUGGGGUCUAUAGGUUAGGGGUAUAACUCUCUCUCUCCCUCUCUCUCUACUUGGUGAUUUGUGGGGUGUUAUGGUUUUAAUUUGAUGUACAAAUUUGCAUGUUAUAAUUUUAAGGGAUAUAUGAUCAUUUUGUAUCAAAUGGAAAUUGGUUUUUCCUAUC